CAGUCCUUGGCAAGUCUCGAUACCUGGGAAGAGCAGAACAUUUUCGUCGUAGGUGCCGAUCGGCUCACUGAGGGAGUGGAAGUCAGCCUAGUGGUCAGCGAUCGAGGCAGAAUUGUCAACUCCGUAAAAAGGUCAUGGAAGGUGGAGGAUCUGCUCCGAUCCGAAGUACGACACCUGGAAAGGACGUCUCUGAUGAAGGUUGAGGUGAUUCGAGAUGAAAGCUGUGCUCGUGAACCUUGUCCGUACUACCAGAAGUGUCGUCAGACGCUGAAACACGUGAAUGCAUUCGAGGUCUACCAGACCGACAGUUUUAUGGCAAGGACACUGAAAACGCGCUCAAGACAUUCGUGUGCGAGUGCCCGGUCGGAUUUGCAACUUGCCCGCCCCAUUCAGGCCAUGACGAAAGCAAUGAAGCUGAAACGCAUACUUAGUAAAUUGUUCAAUAGUCAACGGCUCGAAGAAAUGCUCUUACUGUAC